AUGAUGCAGUUGGCUAUCAUAUCAGGACCUAACCACCCAAAAGAUAGCACUUCGUUUUUGGAGCCUGUUCUCAAUGACCUAAGAAACUUGGGGACAAAUGGCCUGCAGUUUCAGACUGAUUCUGGACUGAUGAUUGCCAAGGUUCAUCUUGUCAUGACAACAGGAAAUAUCUCAGCCGUCUCUGACUUGAUGAACCUGGCCCAUCACAAUGUCCAUCAUGGGUGCAGAGCUUGC